AUGGAGAAGAGCUUAGUAUCGGUGCUGCUUCUGCUGGUUGCUGUCUCAUGUACCUUGGCUAAAGAUGAUACUACUACUGCUAAGAAUGGAAGAAAGGACAAGAAAGAAGCAAAGGAUACCCAUCCCAAACUACCCCAAACUCUCUCCAGAGGCUGGGGUGAUCAACUUUUCUGGACACAGACUUAUGAAGAGGCUCUCUUUAAAGCCAAAAACAACAACAAGCCUAUAAUGGUCAUCCACCACUUAGAAGACUGCCCUCAUAGUCAAGCACUGAAAAAGGCAUUUGCUGAACACAAAGAAAUACAGAAAUUGGCUGAGAAGUUUAUUCUCCUCAAUCUUGUUUAUGAAACCACAGACAAAAAUCUCUCACCAGAUGGCCAAUACGUUCCCAGAAUCGUAUUUGUAGAUCCUUCACUGACAGUCAGAGCAGAUAUUACAGGAAGAUAUGCCAACCGCCUCUACGCAUAUGAACCUAACGAUAUUCCAUUAUUGCAUUCAAAUAUGCAGAAAGCUCAGAAGCUGUUGAAGACUGAAUUGUGA